AACACAACGUACACAGAGCUUUCAGUGUGCUAGAGUGGGAUGAUUUGGAAAAAGAGCUUGAGGAUAGGCUACUGAGGUGAGCCCUGAGAAUAACUGGUUAAGCAAGAGACCCAAAACCUCCAUUGAAGGAAAAAUGGCGGUAGCAAGAAUAAACUGCUAUACAUUACAAAACACGCUGGGAGGUUUCCUAAACCCUUUAAACCAUUCCUUCAAUUCCAAAGCAACCCAUUUCAGGAGCCGCCUCCACUUUCAUCGCCACCACUUGUCUUCUUAUUCACGGAAAGCUGUUUUCUGCACCGCCACGGCCAAUACUCCCAUGAAAGACGCUAAUGAAGCCUCCUCUUCUUUAGCUGAGCCUUUUGUCCUUACAACUCCGCUUUAUUACGUCAAUGCCCCUCCUCACAUGGGCAGCGCUUACACCACCAUCGCUGCCGAUGCCAUUGCCCGUUUUCAUAGGCUGUUAGGAAAGAGAGUUAUAUUUGUGACUGGGACAGAUGAACAUGGGGAGAAAAUUGCUUCUGCUGCUGCUGCCAAUGGUUCCAACCCAAGGGAACACUGUGAUGUGGUUUCUCAAGCUUACAAGACACUUUGGAAAGAUUUAGACAUAGCUUAUGACAAAUUUAUCCGGACAACUGAUCCUAAGCAUGAAGCAAUAGUGAGGGAGUUCUACUCUCGGGUUCUUGCCAAUGGUGAUAUUUACCGGGCUGACUAUGAGGGACUUUAUUGUGUCAACUGUGAAGAGUAUAAGGAUGAGAAGGAGUUGCUUGAUAACAACUGUUGCCCCAUGCACCUAAAGCCAUGUGUUCCACGAAAAGAGGAUAAUUACUUCUUUGCUCUGUCUAAGUAUCAAAAAUUGUUGGAAGAAACUCUGACACAAAAUCCAGAUUUUGUAAAGCCUUCUUUUCGUCAAAAUGAGGUGCAAAGUUGGAUUAGAAGUGGCCUAAAAGACUUUUCCAUUUCUCGAGCAUCAGUGGAUUGGGGCAUCCCUGUUCCAAAUGACAGCAAGCAAACUAUCUAUGUUUGGUUUGAUGCUUUACUAGGUUAUAUAUCAGCACUAUCAGAGGACACAGAAGAACCUAAUUUGCAAAAAGCUGUUUCAUCGGGUUGGCCUGCUGCACUACACUUGAUAGGGAAGGAUAUUUUACGCUUUCAUGCAGUUUACUGGCCAGCUAUGCUAAUGUCUGCAGGACUGAGCCUUCCUAAGAUGGUGUUUGGCCAUGGUUUUUUGACAAAGGAUGGUAUGAAGAUGGGAAAGUCACUAGGGAAUACAAUUGAACCAAAUGAUCUGGUUCAUAAAUUUGGCUCUGAUGCAGUCAGGUACUUCUUCUUGAGGGAAGUGGAGUUUGGUGGGGAUGGGGACUAUUCAGAAGACCGCUUCAUCAAUAUUGUCAAUGCACAUCUUGCCAAUACAAUUGGAAAUCUUCUUAAUCGUACUCUAGGACUUUUAAAAAAGAACUGCCAGUCAACUUUGGUUGUUGAUUCAAGUAUUGCAGCUGAGGGAACUACAUUCAAGGAUGAUGUGGAGAAGUUGGUUGAAAAGGCUCGGGUUCAUUAUGAAAAUCUCUCACCAUCAUCGGCUUGUGAGGCUGUGCUUGAGAUUGGCAAUGCUGGAAAUUCCUACAUGGAUGAGCGAGCACCAUGGUCUCUUUUUAAGCAGGGGGGUGCCACUGCUGAGGCUGCUGCUAAGGACCUUGUAAUUAUACUGGAAGCAAUGAGGAUUAUAGCCAUUGCAUUGUCCCCUGUGGCACCGAGUUUAUGUUGUAGAAUAUAUUCACAACUUGGGUAUUCAAAAGAUCAAUUUGAUGCUGCAACCUGGAAUGAGACAAAGUGGGGCGGGCUGAAGGGUGGUCAUGUUACUUCCCAACCUAAACCAGUCUUUGCAAGGAUUGAAAACCAAACAGAAGUUGGAAAUGGGUUUGAAGCAGCUAAAAAGGUCACAAAAAGGAAGGAGAAACUGCCUCAGGAUCAACGAGUAGUUGAAGCAUAAAUCCUCAGACCUAAAAUGCCUUUGAUUCUUUAUAAUGUUUUUACAUAUAAAAUCAUUUGUUCUACGUAGACACAGAGUCUCUGACUUUACGAUAUCAAAUUUGUUGUGAUAGUUUGUUUAGUUUCUCAUGUCCAUACGAGUUCCGACCCUCGACUUAGUAAUAGUUAUUCUAUGACACUUUCUUAUAUACUUGAAUAAAUUUCUUUGACGAUUGAUGUGUA